AAAGACGGAUGCAAUAAAUAUUGAUAACGGUCUGUGGACAUUUACUGGUGAUCCACGGUCACAUUAUUAAGCCCUAUCAUUCUGACGAAUCUGUUGCGUGACCUGUACUGAAGUCACCAGAAUAAGACUUAGGAAAUGGACAUUUUAUCCACUCGAUUUAUUUUGAUAAGAUAUGGUAUAAGAGAUAUCAUACAAUACUAUAAGAGGAUUUGCUAAAUCAUGCAGGGCAUUGUUAGUCUGAUUGUGUUGUAUGUGGUAGCUGUUUUGGAAAUUUCCGGAAGUGAUGUAUGUAUGGACAAUGCUCCUGCAGGAGCGGUGGAUGGAUGCAGUGUUCCACUUCUCCAUUUUGAUUACGAGGCUCAAUUUACACCUUCCUGCAAUAAGCACGACGUCUGCUAUGAUUGUGGACACCGAUUUGGCUUUGAUCGGGCUGCAUGUGACAAACUUUUCUUGAACCAUAUGAUGGCUACUUGCACUGGAAAGAAACGUCUCAUUAACUGCCAGCAUUCCGCCGAGAUAUUUUACUCCGCUGUUAGGGUUGGUGCCUACUUUCAUUAUCAUGAAACAGCUCCAGCUUAUUGUACCGAGUCCUGGAUUUCACAAUGUUUACAAUAAAAUAAAGGCUCCGUUUUUUCA